AAAGUGCGGCUGCUGUCACACCUCCUCUUGAGUCGGUCAGCUGACCAGGAACAGGAAGAAAAACAGUGCCGUAGUUCCUCUGUCACACGGGUACAAUUAUAUUUUCUUGGUUCUGUUGAUCGAUAAAAUGAGGAUAAAGGCGUAACUGCAUUGUUAUAAAAUGGGAAAAAAGGCUUUACUGUCAUAGUUUUUAUAGCGUUAGCAAAAAUACUAGCUAACGUUGAGCUUCCUGUCUGACAAGCUAACAUCUCUACAGACACACAUCCAAGGUAAUCAUCCAUCCAUCCAUCCAUAACUGUUUGUGCAAUGAAGAGGACCAAAGCAAAAGAAAGCAACAAAACUGAGAAGGAGUUUGUGUUGGAAUUCAAGGCAGGGAAACACAACUGUCUCCUCAAAGUGCCUCUGCAGUUCCCUGUUGAAGAGAACAUCAAUGACCUCCAUGGACGUCUGAUGCUGCUUCAUAAAAUACCUUGCUACAUAGAACAUGAUCUGAAAGUGUCUUUGUCGGACUUUAUUGAGAAGGAGACCAUCUUAGAUUACGACAGGGAGGCCGAAGCGGCCCUAGAGAGACUCACAUCGGGCCAUGUAGACAUUAACCAGCUCGCCAAUGCGUGGACCAGAUCCUACGUGGAGACCACACUGGAGCACGCUCGACCCGAAGAGCCCAGUUGGGAUGAGGACUUUGCCGACGUUUACCACGAGCUGAUCCAUUCCCCUGCCUCGGAAACACUUCUCAACCUGGAGCACAACUACUUUGUUCGCAUAUCCGAGCUCAUCAGCGAGAGAGAUAUGGAGAUCAAGAAGAUACAAGAGAGGCAAGCUGCAGAGAUGAACAAAGUGAUGCACGAGUUGGGAAACACGCUGAGUGACCAUGAUGUGAACGCAGUGGCGUCGCAGCACUUUGAUGCACAACAGGUGCUGGAGAACAAGUGGGCCAAUGAAUUAAAACAAGUGACUUGUAUUCAAAAGCAAGAAUAUCAGGAGUGGGUCAUUAAACUGCACCAGGACCUGCGGAAAUCCAGCAACAGCAGCAAAAUUAAUGAGGAGAUUAAAAUGCAGCCCAGCCAACUGUUGGAGCCUUCUGAAUCAGGUGGCAGGAUGUUUGAGGAGCAGCCCCAACUGGAAGAGAGCUUCACUAUUCAUCUAGGAGCCCAGUUGAAGACAAUGCAUAACCUGCGACUGGUUCGGGCUGAUGUGUUGGACUUUUGUAAGCACAGACAUCACGGCAGCGGCGGAGCAAAGCUGCGGCGCCUACAAACGGCCCUUUCGCUCUAUUCAUCUUCACUCUGUGGUCUGGUUCUGUUGGUUGACAACAGAGUCAACUCCUUCAGUGGCAUCAAGAGAGAUUUUGCAACGGUUGCAAAGGAGUGCACAGACUUCCACUUUCCUGCUAUGGAGCAACAGCUGGAGGAGGUGCAGCAGGUGGUGCUCUAUGCUCGAGCGCAGCGGAGCAGCAAGCAAAAAGAACAACCCGAAAUCUCAAAGAAUGGAAGCGAUGACAAAAGUAAAAAUGUAGAAAGAAAUCCGUCAAAUAUAUCACCAGGCGAGUUCUACGUCUCGCGGCAUUCCAACCUGUCCGAGGUCCAAGUUGUCUUCCACCUGUGUGUGGAUGACAACGUGCGUUCAGGGAACAUCACGGCCAGGGACCCGGCCAUCAUGGGCCUGAGAAACAUUCUGAAAGUCUGCUGCACUCAUGAUGUCACCACCAUCACUGUUCCGCUGCUGCUGGUGCACGACAUGUCAGAGGAGAUGACCAUACCCUGGUGUUUGAAGAGAGCUGAGCUGGUGUUCAAAUGUGUGAAAGGUUUCAUGAUGGAGAUGGCGUCGUGGGAUGGAGGCAUAUCACGCACUGUGCAGUUCCUUGUGCCAAAGAGUAUUUCAGAGGAAAUGUUCUACCAGCUGAGCAACAUGCUGCCUCAGAUCUUCCGCGUCUCGUCCACCCUAACGCUCACGUCUAAGCCCUGAUGGGUAUCUGCUCCCCACUACAAACUGUACUCGAGGUGCAUCCAGUGAGCUUCAUGUCUUGACAUGUUUAUUGUUUUGUUUUUUUAUUGAGAAUGAAAACAAAUUAUCACCUACAUUGAGGAUGUAUUAAUCCUGCUUGUGAGUGUUGUCUGUAAAGCUGCAUAUCGUACUGAAAGACGACUGAAUGCCAAAGCAGCUGUUGUAAUUAUCUCAAACCUCCAGGGUGCAGCUUCACUCACAUACUUUUAUGACAUCAGCAACCAACCAAUUGAUGUACUUCGGUUCAUUUCCUCAAAGCUGCCUAUCUGUAGCUUCCUGCUUGUUUUGAGCCGUGCUAUAAUGCUGCAUUCAAUGCCGUGGUAAUUCAUCCCACUGCAAAGCAGUGUAAAUAUUAUCACUCUGCAAAUAAGAGAACAGUGCAACCUUCAAAGUUGAAACCGGUCUAGGACGCCGGUCAAAGAAUAUAAUACAUAACUAUUGUUUCUUUAGCAAAUAAUGUAAGUUAAUACUUAUUAUAAUAGUCAGCUUCAAGGUUUUAUUAAUCUACAUUUAAAAUACUUGUUGUGGUCUAGAUAAGGGGUGGCCAUUAUGUCGAUCGCGAGCUACCGGUCGACCAUUGAGGGUGUGUCAGUCGAUCGCCAGUCAGGCAUUGAAAAAAUAGACCUAAAAAUGAGCAAUCCUCAAUCUUCACUAAGAUGUCAAUUUUGUCACUUGAUUGACAUUCACGGCACCCGAGGGUCUUGUGAGAUGACACUGGCUGCCCCGAGAUCAUUAUUAAGAAAAAAUGACCGUCAGGAAGGCGAGAAACACUUUUUAUUUCAACAGACUCUCGCGCCGUACCUGCUGUCAAAACUCCAAAGACCGACUGCACAGAUCCUGUCUUCACAAUAAAAAGCCCUGCUUCAUCCUGCCUGCGCUAACAAAAUAAGAGUCUCAGAAAGCUGCCGUGCACAAGCUAGCAAACUACGGAGUUUGCCGCCAAUGUAUUUCUUGUACAGUGUUUAAAAACAAGUGGACAAAUAAGAUGGCAAAAACCAACCACUUUCAUGUGGUAUUGGACAGAAAGGAGGACUUUUUUUCUCCUCCAUAUGAAAAUGUGGACGUUAUCAUCACUACUGUCUGAUUCCAAUCAAUGCAAGUCAUCAGAAUCAGGUAAUACACCAACUUAUAUUCUUGUCUUC